AUGGUCGUUUUCAACGCUAAAGGCUUGGUGCCGCCAGUUUUCACCGCUCUCAAUGAUGAUUACAGUGUAAAUUAUGCCGCCAUUCCUGGCUACGCCAAUUAUCUGGCUCAGAAUGGAAUAAAGGGAGUCCUGGUUGGAGGUACUACAGGAGAAAAUAUGUCUCUUUCUGUAUCCGAAAGAAAGAAAAUAGCCGAUGAGUGGGUGAAGGCUGGGAAGAAACAUGGUUUGCACAUCAUGGUACAAGUUGGUGGGGCGCCUUUUGUAGAUGUCAUUGAAUUGGCCAAAUAUUGCUCGAAAAUCGGAGUAGAUUCGUUGCUUACACUACCGGAGCUCUAUUUUAAGCCUCAAUCGGUAUCUGAGUUGGUUUCGUAUGUCGAAUUGGUAGCGCAGGCCGCCCCUAACUUACCGGUUUUGUACUACCAUAUACCAUUUAUGAGUAAUGUUGCCAUCAACAUGCCAGCUUUUGUGACAGAAGCGACAAAACGCAUCCCCAAUUUCAAAGGUCUCAAAUUCACCAGCAACGAUUUGUCCGAAGGAUCCCAAACUUUACGAGCCUUGAAGAAUGAUCAGGAAAUAUUCUUAGGAGCGGAUACACUGCUGGCUCCAGCGGUACUUCUAGGUAUAAAGUCCAGUAUCGGCACCACAUACAAUCUGUUCCCGCGGCAAGCUCAAGAUAUAAUGGAUGCGGUGGCUUCAGCUGACCUUGAACGUGCAAAAGUUCUACAGGACCAGUUGAACAAAGCUGUUGAGGCUUUUACAGCUGAAGGUCCCUGGGUCCCCGCUUUAAAGGCUGGUAUGGAGAUUGUAACGGGAAUGAAGUUCGGCCCUCCGGCCUUACCCCAAAGACCAAUUUCUGAAGCGGCAAGAAAAAGAAUUGAAGAUAAACUGAGGAUUUUGAAACUAAUAAAUUGA